CUAUUUAUAAGCGCUCAAGCGGCAAAUACGUUCUGAUUACCCCUCUGUAAUUCACAAUGGCGCUCAAGCGGCUUGUUCUGCCGUCGUUCGUUGUAAUUAUUGUGCUCCUCAUGGCUGUCCAAGGGGAGUCCCAGCGGUGCGCACUGUCUAGCAUCGAUGUCAGUCAGACCAAUACCGGGAAGAAGGUCGGAACACUCGACACGGUGUUCCAGGUGAUGGUGAUCAACAGGUGCCAGUGCGCGGUGAGGGCCAUCUUCCUCCGUGCCGAUGGCUUCGCGAGCUCGGUCACAAUCAAUCCCAAGCUGUUCCGCCAGGCUGGUGCUGUCGGCUACCUCAUCGGCGAUGGCCGGCGGAUCCCGAGCGGCGAGUCUAUCGCCUUUCAGUAUGCGUGGGACCACUACUUUCAGAUGACUCCUGCUAGCGUCCAGGCCGAUUGCUAGACAUCUUGUUCGUGGAAGUAUGACUUUCAAGAUUAAUUGGUAUGUAAUUUUGUAUUUCAUGACAAAAUAAAUGGCCUGGUUUUAGUAUGCUGCCAGGUGUGGUAUAUGUUUAUUGAUCAUAUAUUUCUUAAUUCCACGGUUUCAAUACCUGAAGGAAAAAAAA